CGGUCUCGCCAGCCUUCGGAGGCGUUGGUUUCUCUUUCUGUCUAUCUUACGCACUAUCUCCGCCCUUGGGGGGGAGAGACUUCGCCGUUCACCGAGCCCCGUUUUUCACGCACUGCCGUUAAAUCAAAAUUAGGCGUGACGGACCGCGAGAGCGCAAGGGGACUCGGCGUCAAACGCGUUUCUGGAUUAUGGGGGCAUCGUUAAGCCGCGCAGUGUGAACUGCGGACGCCUCCCAAGAUUCAAUGUCCCGAGCCUCGAACCCAGGAGCACGUCCGAACGUGCGCGAAUCAGAGAUUGUUCAGGUGCUGCUGCAUGUAUUCGCCUGUAAAUACCUGUAGGACGUUUGAUCUUGACUCGUGCGCGCGCGCGCGCGCGUGUUUUAGUGCGCGCUGUGUGCAGUAGGUGCGCGUUGCUCAGAGAUGCCAUAGCCCCGCAGGCUUCACCGCCACUGUUAUUCCCGUUUCUCGCCCGCUAAUCGUUAUGAUUAAUGCGCUCCGUGCUGUAGUCGCAUCCGAACGCAAUCCGUGCUGCAUCAUUACGCGUUGCCGAGCGCCGUUGUGAACGUCAGGACCGAACGAUGAACUGAUCGCUGCCGGGGGGAGGGAGGGGGGGGUCGCCGUGGAUCGUGCUAACCGGAGUUCAUAUUAUUCCCACAGAAUACAGCGACGCAGGGGCUGUUUGAAGUCGCACGUGCCCGGGACCAACAACUAAGAUGACAAAAUCCACCCCCAGGAGAGAUUGGUGUUUUUAUUAUUACCGAGGAAGCCGCGCUGGGACCACGUCUCCAUUCCUGGAUUGCAGCAGAGUUGGAGGAAAGGGAGCGGAGGCAGAAGACAGGGAGGAGAGGCAGAGGAGCGCCGCUGAUGGACAAGCUGUGGCUUCAGUGAUGGACUGAGCUGAAGGCGGAGGGGAGCCCCGUCACCGCCAGCUUGACGUUUUCCCUUGCGUGCGAGCAUGUUCGGACACACUGCAGCGUGAGCGGAGACGCCAGAGGAGCUGCCCACUUUGAACACAACUAAUUGGCCUAAUGAGUCUAACACGCCGGCCUCUUAUUUGGAAACCGUCUCUCAGGUCCGCACAAACUGAUUCUACCUUCGUCCCGGAGAGCGAGUAACCCCGGAGCCUCAGCCUCUUCCCCAAGUGCCGCCACAGAUGUGAUUACUGUCAAGAUUUCCUUCCGCAGGAAGUCCCGAGAUUUUGGCUGCAUGGACACAUCUUCAAAGUCGUGGCUGCCGCAUCAGGGUCAGUUUGGCUUGGUUGGUCAGGCGGAGGUUUGCUGUGGCGGAGCUGGAGUUUUAACCCCAAACCAAUCUCGCAGGGCAAGUUUUGCCUCUGCAAGACAGUCAAGCAUGGAAACGCCUCCCAAUGCCACCCCACAACCCUUCCGACAGCCGAGUUUUCUCAAUCGAAGGUUGAAGGGUUCCAUCAAGAGGGCCAAGAGUCAGCCCAAACUGGACCGGACCAGCAGCUUCAGACAAAUGAUUCUGCCCCGGUUCCGUAGUGCCGACCAAGAGCGGACACGCUUGAUGCAAAGCUUCAAAGAAUCCCACUCCCAUGAGUCCCUACUUUCUCCGAGCAGCGCCGCAGAAGCUCUGGACCUAGUUUUGGAUGAAGAAGCUAUAAUCAAGCCUGUCCACUCCAGCAUUUUGGGACAGGAGUACUGCUUCGAGGUGACCACCAGUUCAGGAACAAAAUGUUUUGCCUGUCGCUCAGCUUCCGAGAGAGAUAAAUGGAUAGAGAAUCUGCAACGAGCCGUUAAACCCAACAAGAGCUCCCCGUGCUCCUUCCAGGACAACAGCCGGCGGGUCGACAAUGUGCUCAAGUUGUGGAUCAUCGAGGCCCGAGACCUUCCGGCUAAGAAACGCUACUAUUGUGAGCUGUGUUUGGAUGACAUGUUGUACGCACGCACCACCAGCAAACCCCGGACCGACACCGUCUUCUGGGGCGAGCACUUUGAGUUUAACAAUUUGCCUACCAUUCGUAGCCUUCGCUUGCACCUCUACAAGGAAACGGACAAAAAGAGACGCAAGGAAAAAAGCACAUACCUUGGCCUUGUCAGCAUCCCCAUCUCCAGCAUCACGGGCCGCCAGUUCGUGGAGCAGUGGUACCCAGUCAUACAGUCCAGUGUUCUGGCCAAAGGCGGCGGCGUCGGGAGCGCCAAAGUCAUCAACGCAUCGCUGCGCGUCAAGUCCCGCUACCAGACAAUGAACAUCCUGCCCAUGGAGCUCUACAAAGAGUUCGCCGAGUACAUUACCAACAACUACCGAACACUGUGCGCCGUCCUGGAGCCGCUGCUGAGCGUUAAGAGCAAAGAGGAGGUGGCGUUUGCCCUGGUGCACAUCCUGCAAAGCACCGGGAAGACGAAGGAGUUCCUGUCUGACAUGGCGAUGUGUGAGGUGGAUCGAUUCAUGGACCGCGAGCACUUGAUCUUUCGGGAGAACACGCUGGCUACAAAGGCUGUGGAGGAGUACCUCAAACUGAUUGGCCACAGAUACCUGAAGGACGCUAUAGGUGACUUCAUUCGAGCCCUGUACGAGUCUGAGGAGAACUGUGAGGUGGACCCGAUGCGCGUCCCUCCAUCCGUCCUGGCCGACCAUCAGGCAAACCUUCGCAUGUGCUGCGAGCUCUUGCUCUGCAAGAUUAUCAACUCUCUCUGCAUAUUUCCGCGGGAGCUCAAGGAAGUGUUUGCCUCGUGGAGAGCCAGGUGCGCCGAGCGCGGAAGAGAGGAUCUGGCCGACAGCCUCAUCAGCUCCUCCCUGUUCCUCCGCUUCAUGUGUCCAGCCAUCAUGUCCCCCUCCCUGUUCAACCUGAUGCAGGAGUACCCCGCCGAGCGCACGUCCCGCACGCUCACCCUCAUCGCCAAGGUGAUGCAGAACCUGGCCAGCUUCAGCAAGUUUGGGCCCAAGGAGGAGUACAUGUAUUUCAUGAAUGAGUUCCUGGAGAUGGAGUGGGGCUCCAUGCAGCAGUUUCUGUAUGAGAUCUCCAACUUAGACACUGGGGGAAACGCCGGAGGGUUUGAGGGCUACAUCGACCUGGGCAGAGAGCUGUCCAUGCUCCACAGUUUACUGUGGGAAGUCAUGGGCCAACUUAGCAAGGAUGCUAUUCUCAAACUUGGACCCUUACCGCGGCUGCUGAAUGACAUCAGCGUUGCCUUAAGGAACCCGCAGCUUCACAUGCCGACAAAUCACCAGCCGGACAGACCGAAGGACAGGCUCUUCUCGCGUCCGUCCUUCAAUCGGAUCAAGUCGUCUGACUUCCAAAGUCUGAUGAUGCGUGACUUGAACAGCUCAAUAGACAUCUCUCGCCUGCCGUCCCCCACGACCGGCGUGUCGGCUGUGGAGUCGCUCUCCUCCAACCUGAACAUGAGGCGUCACGCGGAGCGAGACCUGCGCUCGUCCAGGGAGGUUUUCUACGUGACCCGUCCACCGCUGGCUCGAUCCAGCCCGGCGUACUGCACAAGCAGCUCGGACAUCACCGAGCCGGAUCCAAAGGUCCACAGUGUGAAUAAAAGUGUGUCUAUGAUGGAUCUUCAGGACUCCCGCAUGAACAGCAUUUCCAACCUGAACUCUGUAGGCGACAUGCUCACGUCCUCCCAGGCCUCCAUCGCUGGGCUCGGCCACAGCUUCGGCAACCUCGGCGGCCCGCAUCGCAUGGGAGGGCACAUGCCGGCGGGCUCCGCGGGCUCCGGGUUGAGGCUGAACCAGAUGGGCCACAUAGGAGGACCCACGGAAUCCAUCUCACAGCAGCAACAGCAGGCGGCGGCCGCCAUGCACUUCCCCCUGUCUUUCCAGAACCCGCUAUUCCAUCUGGCCGCUCAGAACUCGCCGGCUCAGCCUCCUCCCCCCCCUCUGCUCCUCGCCCCCGAGCCCGAGAACGGCCACCCCGACUACGCUCCCGCCUUUGGCAACAGCGCCUUCUCCCGCAGCGAGGACUUGUCGGCCCUGCGGUCACAGAGCAGUCUGGUGCAGCCCAGCAUCGUCCACUCGCACAGUUACAGCGAUGAUUUCACCCGGCAGAAUCAGAGCAAUGACUACGCCUGGCACCAGCUGUCACUGCAGGUGCAGGAGUCGCUACAGCAGCAGCAUCUGAUGGGAGUCGCAUCUCAGACGGCCACCGGCACCGGCACGCCCGCCUCGUUGGCCACGCCUCCCACAACCGUGCAUCCGGUUCGUCAAACAUCCAUGGCACCGCCGCAACACCUGAAGUCCCAGCGGUCCAUCAACACACCGGCCACCGCCACACCGCCCAAGGUUCGCCCGCAGAGCAGGAACCUCCUCCUCGACUCUGCAGACACGAAUUUCAGCAGCAGUCAGCCGAAAACGCGCCAGAGUCAGCAGGCGGCGCCGCAGCAGACGCAGCAGCAGCAGCAGCAACAGGACCCACAGUUGUCGGUGACGGACAGUCCGGCUCCGGGACUCCCCUACCAGACCAGCUCGGCCAAAGAGAACCAGGCCCAACCCGCUGCUGCAGAGGAGUCAACAGACACACCCACAAAAAGCGGCAAGAAGCCUUCAACACAACUGCAGCCGCCUCAGCAGCAUCUGCUCAAGCCAGUCGUGAACAAACAGGGUUCCGGUUCGACCUUGAACACACCCGCCCUCAACGAGCGGACGGUCGCCUGGGUGUCCAACAUGCCACAUCUCUCAGCUGAUAUCGAGAGUCUGCGGCCAGACCGCGAGGGCCAGCUGAAAGAGUACUCCAAGAGCAUGGAUGAGUCACGGCUAGAGAGGGUGAGAGAGUACGAAGAGGAGAUUCAUUCCUUGAAAGAGCGACUGAAGAUGUCUCAUCGCAAGCUUGAGGAAUAUGAACAGAGGCUCCUUUCGCAGGAGCAGCAGACCAGUAAGAUCCUACAGCAGUACCAGUGCCGCUUAGAGGACAGCGAGCGCCGCCUGAAGCAGCAGCAACUGGAGAAGGACUCGCAGAUCAAAGGCAUCAUCAACAGACUCAUGGCUGUGGAAGAUGAGCUGAGAGGGGGUGCCAUUCCUGAUAUUAAGCCUCGCAUCCUCACAGACCAGUCUAUCAGCCAGAUCUAUGGUGGCCACCCAGGAUCCUGACUGCCAGUUCCAAGGUGACUAGAGGUCGCGAUGGUCACCAGGGUAUAAGAAGAUAAAUGCGUGACAAACAUCCCAUGAAGACGAAGCUCUGCAGUGACUACUGGAGGUUUCCUCUCAGCAUUCUUGACAAAAAGAGAACUUUGCACAUAUUCAAACUUUGCCUGUACCAGAACUUGACAAUCAGUUUACCGUGAGGACCAACGUGUGCAGUAAAUCUUCCGCACAGGUUGACUAAAAUAAGCCAGUUUCACAGCAAUGGCAAUACUUAAAGCUAAUAAGUUUCUUUAUUUAAUCAAGAUGGAGAAGACGUGUAAAACACUAAGGAUGGCGAUGGAUUGGUGAUUAUCCCUGCUACAAGCAGCAAACUCACUGGUGGCUGCAGACAAAUUUCAAAGGCUUUUACAAGCACAAUUUUCCCCAGUGGUGACGCCUGUGACAAGCAACAAUCCUGUUGUUCAGUCAUUUGCCAUCUAUGAUUCUAAGAUGAGGAGCCCAAGCGUAGACGCAUACUGCCAUUUGAUUAUGUUGAUACUAGACUAGAUACUGACAAUCUAGUCAAAUGGCAGAUAUUUUCACAUACAAGGGGUGGUCAUUAUGAUUUUUGCAUCAUUUGUAAUACACUCAUCCCAUUUAAAUAGAGUCCUGCAAACAUUUAUAUUAUAACCGCUUUAAACUGCUUUUACAAUAUUAAUACUGUGUUACAUUUUCCUUCGGUAAACAGUGUAAAUCCAGAGCUGCAAUCGCUUGAAUUUCAGUGUAUAGAAGUAUUUCCUAAAGCUACUAAAAGUUUUUAUUAAUAGAAAUAUUUUACAAAAUUAUGAGAUUAAAAUAUGUAUACUAAUAUUGAUAGCACAGUAGAGUGUAUAUAUAUUAUAUAUAUAUAAAUACUUUUAAAACAGUGAUACAAAGUGCUCCACAAACACUCAAAAUACAUGUGGGUUUUUAAGGGACACUGCUGUGGAGGAGGUUUGUCAGGUCUGACAGUGUAGCCCUGCAUUAGAAACUGGGGGUGUAAAGUUGUCAAAACAUGGGUGAUUUCCAGGGAAAAGCCUGUUAUCAACAUAUAAUCUGUAUCCCACUAGUUAUACCCAAACCAGGGCCUUUGUACAUCUAGAAUAAACCUAAUGGCUGAAUAAGACCACUUCAAGAUGUUAGAUGUUUUCCCCACAUAGGAUAAAAAUAUAAAGUAUUAAAGUAGCUUAAAGCAUUUUUAAAUGAAGGUCAUGACUAUCUCAGUCCUUCGUUACAUUUUUAUAAACAUUUAAAUUUGUUUGUUAGGUUUGCACUUUGUAACACUGGUUUGAAAGAUUCUAUAUAAAAUGUUUUAAUUACUAUGAUUGUAAACACAAUGUGCAACUGGAAACAAAUCAUAUAGCAAGUAGUGAAUUACUCAUCUGUUGUGUUUAAUGUUCCUAAGGCAUAGAUGUGCUGCAUGUGCUUUUAUAUGCGAGGACAAGUGAGUCAGUUUGCCGUCAGAUAAUAGUCUAAUUACAAAAAAAAAACAACUUUAAACAUGGCUUUCUUAUUCAAAGUCAACUUUUUGUAAUCCAACCUGCUGAACUCUUCCACUUUUUCCGAAGAGGAUGGCAUUCAGCCUUUUGCAUUAUACAACAUGAAAGUAUUGAGACAGUAAUCACUGAUUAACAGAGAGAGAACACAGUGAAAACGCCGGAUCAGUGCAUUUUCCAAGCAUGGAUGUGUAGUAUAUGUGCAUAGGAUUUGACUGCCUUACAGUCUGUGCCACAGGGCCCUAAAUAACAAAACCUUGUAAAACUUGUAUAUUAAAUGUAAUUUUUUGUAGUCAGGUGAUGAAUUACUAGGCAGUGUGUUGGUUAACUCUCAAUGUUAUUCAAAUCAUUUAUUACAACAUUCAUGGUUGAUAUAAUUUAUCUUAGCCUCUUGCCUUUAAGAUGUUUUCUUUCAAGAAAAAUAUCAAUGAUAAAAAUUCAUGUUUAUGUUACCAGAAAAAGUAUAAAAUAGCUUAAUGUAUAUCUAUAAUUAUAUGUAAAAUGUAUUCAGAUCAAGGGUAGGCCUUCAGGCAUGUUGAACCUGUGGUAAAAAUGAAUUCUUAUGUUAACUCUUAAUGCUGCAAUCCAGAAAUUACAGUGCUAUGGUGCAACUACAUCCAUGCGAGGAGAGCUGAGCAACUACCCAGCAUAGCACACUUCAGUUUAAGACAAAACAAUGUGAUUAAUGUGUUCAAAUAGCUCGCCUGUGCUAUGCAACCAAAAUAGCAGUGGUGCUUUCAACAAUACUGGAUUGCAGUUUUAAGUCAUACUAUUUUAAAAAGAGCAGUUUAUAUUUUGGCCUGCAUUGCAAUACAGUAUUUUGAAAUGUAAUGCUGCACUUCUGUUUUUAUCUUACAGGAAGCUGCAAUCCAUAACCCGAAAUUGUUGUAAACGCUUAGAAAUCGAUGAUGUGCCCACAUGAUAACGAACCCUCUCUGUAUUAGCUGCAGUGGUACAGCGUGCUACCUCUUAAAUUGUGCCCUCAUUUACCCUCUCUAUUAGUUAAGGCUUCUUAUUUUGCUUUUACAGCUCCAAAUUAUGACUCAUUACAAGACACAGUGCGCGGAAUGAACAAUUUACUUUUUUAGACAUUUUGUUUUCAGUAAGUCAUUGUAAUACAGAGUUGGAAGAGAAUUAUGGCCACUAUUAAAAUUUCCUCGCAUUUUUGGAGAUUCAAAUCUGAAUAAUGUUUUGAAUUGAAUCAUUUUUAAAUGAUUUGAAAUCUGUCUUGUUUCAAAAUUCAGAACUUCAAUUCAGAAUAAAAAAUACAGACCAAAAUUUAAAGAGUAAGUCACAAGUCAGUUGAAGUAAUUAGUGACUCUUCUGUAAGUUCCACUUUUAGUGGCUUGUUCAUUGCCAUUACCAUAAAUGAUAACCUGUCAUCACUGGCCAUUUCUCAAGUUUGUACUACCGUAAUUAAGUGCCAUUACCAUUACAUGAAUACAACUAUUUUAAUCACGGGAUGAGACUGAUUGUGUUCCAGGUUUUUGUCAGACUCUCAGGUGUUAGAAAGAACUUUUCAUAUUUAUUGCCAAUUGCACAAAAUCUACACAAUCAUUGGCAAACAAAUGAAACAAGGAGUCUGCACUAAGGAAGCUACUUGAUUUUAUUUUGGUUGAUUUCUGGCUUUCAUCUCAUCCAUAUGAAUAGUUCAGUUUAUACCUUGUUUUUAUGAAUUAUUUCACUAAUACACAAGAACUUUUUGUUGUAAAAAAUGUCACAAAUGCUCCAUUAUAAUUUAAAAAAUGAAACACUUUAGUAAAUAUUUAAGAAGUGCUUUAUGUUAAGAGAAUCACUAUUUUAGAGGAUGGAUGAACAUUUGUUGACCCAUUGGUGAAAAUCUGUUGCUUGCAGCUAAAGCGGGACCUUAUAAAUUGCUAUAGCUUGUAUAUUUUGAGGAAGGUAUUUAAGAUAGAUCUAAAUAUUAUAUUUAUGUUUCUAAAAUGGAUGUAUAGCAUUUUGGAAUGAAUCAAAGUAUUUUUCUUGGCAGCUAUUAUUCUGCACAAUUGAUCUACUGUGUCACAAAUAAAUAGUUGGAGGGAUUUCUGACUUGAAUUAGGCCUAAUGGAUGUAAAACCUUAGUUUACUUGACAUUUCUUUUGAAAUAAGCCAUGCCCCAUGGAUAAGCCAUACCCUCCAGUCCCCUGAUGUUGUAUGGUGGAUGUUUAAUGUUGGUACAUUUAUUUAUAAUGGUAUUUAUUGUAGGUAUGAUUGCGCUUGUAAUUAUUAUUAUUAGUGUAAGUACAUGCAGUUUUGUUUGAACAAAGGGAAUGUAUUCAUUUUUCAGGUGAUUUUUUCUGAGUGAUUUAAAUAAAUUAUUCAAACCCUAA